AUGGGCGCCCUCAUCACCUGGUGGAUUUGGACCAACUGGAGAAAGGCGAACCCAUCGGCCGACCCAUCGAAAGUCUACAUUCUGAACAGUGCCGUCUCGUCGCAAAUCGUCAAAACUAUCGCCGAUGCUGAAGGCUUCAAAAACGAAACCACCCUCACUGGCUUCAAAUGGAUGGGAAACCGUGCCGAGGAGCUUCGUGCCGAAGGAAACCAAGUGAUCCUCGCUUGGGAAGAAUCCAUCGGAUACAUGCCAGGCCAUACAUUGGAUAAGGAUGGAGUCAGUGCAGCCGCCGUGUUCGCUGAAAUCGCCGCAUUCCUGCACACUCAAGGAAAGUCUUUGGAGGAUCAACUCUAUGCUCUGUACAAUAAAUAUGGAUUCCACCUGGUUCGUUCCACGUAUUGGAUGGUCCCGGCUCCAGAAGUCACCAAGGAAUUGUUCAGUACUCUCAGAGCUGAUCUCAAAUUCCCCACCAAAAUCGGAGAUGCUGACGUGGCUUCUGUGAGAGAUUUGACAAUUGGAUAUGAUAACUCGAAGCCUGACAACAAGCCAGUUCUUCCACUAUCCACGUCUUCUGAAAUGGUGACAUUCUUCCUGAAAACUGGAAGUGUCACCACACUUCGCGCAUCUGGAACUGAGCCGAAAAUCAAGUAUUACAUUGAGUUGAUCACCCCGCCAGGAAAGACUCAAAACGAUUUGGAAAGUGUCAUUUCGGAAUUGGAUCAACUCGAAAAAGAUGUCGUCGCCACGUUGCUCCGUCCACAACAGUUCGGAUUGAUUCCGCGUAAAUAA